UGUAAACGAACAAAAUGGCCGACUUGGAGAGUUCGCUUACUGCUAUGGAUUGGCUCCCCCGUUUAACGGUCGGGGGAGCCAUGUCGGGACAUAUUGGAAAGGAAGGUGGAAUAAAUGCAAAGACUCAGGGUGGAAAUCUCGCUAUGAGAAAAUCUCCCCACUCUCCGUUAGAUACAAACGCCACAUUGGACGAAAAUGACACUACUAGUCAGAGAGAAGGAAAACCACCAUAUUCUUACGCCAAUCUAAUUACUUUUGCCAUUAACAGUUCUAUUAAAAAGAAAAUGACGCUGAGUGAAAUUUAUCAGUGGAUUUGUGACAAUUUUCCAUAUUACAAAGACGCUGGGAACGGCUGGAAGAAUUCGAUACGACAUAAUUUAUCACUAAAUAAAUGCUUUUUAAAAGUUCCACGUUCAAAAGAGGACCCUGGAAAGGUAAAUUAAAUAAGCUUAUUAAUAGACUGAAUAAUAUUCACAGUUGUGUUUUUC